AUGGCGGGCAACCCACCGGCACUGCCCCCUCUGCCUCCAGGCUUUGGCAACGACUCGAGCUACCCUCCGCACCCUUCCUCGCGCGCAGCUUCUUCCACCGCCCACCACCGCACCGCUAUCGUCUCCUCGCCUCCCCCUAUCCCUCCCCUGCCCCCCGGCGCACUCGAGCGAGAACAGCAGUACCGCGCUCAAAACCUUCGUUCGCCCCAGCCGGGCCCCCGUCCUCCUCCCCUGCCCGCCUCCCCAUCCCCGAACCAUCCUCAUUACAGAGCCUCGUCCGGCUUCGUUCCCGGACAGGUCAUCCGCCAUCCUUCCGGUCCCCCUCUCCAUCCCUCGGGCCCACAUCACUAUCCACGAUCGCCCUCCCCAUCCCCCAACCCCGCACAUCGGCCUUUCCCGCAGGCUCAGCCUUACAGCCCCGACUCGGACCCCUACCAGUCCCACUACCCGCAGCGCAACACCACGCUAUCACCGCCGCCACCACCACCCGAGCGUCCACACUCGGCAAGCUCCUACCACUCUUCCGGCGGGCAGGGCGGAGGCGGCGCCUUCCUCGAGCCUCACUCACCAGGUAGCUACAACCAGCUCGACGGCGGCCCAAGGCCAGGCUCUUCGUUCCAGGACCACGCCAUGCCAACCCUCUCCCAGUCAAUGUCGAGCAUGGCGUUCGGCCCGCCGCCUUCCUCGUCGCAUCACCCAGGCCACAACCCCUAUGCACGCAGGGCUUCAAGCAGCGAAGCCACCUCGUCCUACCAUAGCCAACAGCAGCAGCACCGAUCGGCGAGCCCGGCCAACGCGGGCGCCGCGCCUAGCCUCAACGCGCCGCUGCCGGACAUGGAUGCGCUGGAAAAGAUGCGUGAUCGCGCCUUUGCCAGCAGGGACGACCAGCAGCAGGUGGCAUGGGCAAAGCAGCUGCUCAAGUUUGUCGAGCGCAAGUUUGCCGACGGCAGCAAGAUCAGCGAGCCACGCCUGGUUAAGGCCACCGACGAGGCCAUCAGCACCAUCAAGCGCCUCGCCUCGCUCGGCCGACCGAAUCUCGAGGCCCUCUACCUCCGCGGCGACCUGCAGGCGUCUGGCGCGUUCCCCACCUACAUCCGCAAGGACCUCAAGGAGGCCUUCAACGACUUUGAGCUCUCGGCGCGCCUGGGCUACGCCGCCAGCUGGUUCCGCAUCGGGCGCGACUACGAGCUGCUCAACGACUUUUCGCGGGCACGCGACGCCUACAACCGCGGCGUCGUCGUCGGGGACGUCGGGUCGAUGUACCGCCUCGGAAUGGCCAACCUGCUGGGCCAGCUCGAGCUUCCCGUCAACCAGGCCAAGGCCGUCGGCCUGCUGCGCGAUGCGGCUGACCGGGCCAACCUCGACGUGCCGCAGCCGGCCUACAUCUACGGCAUGCUGCUCGCCGGCGAGUUUAACCACGUCGACAUCCCUCCUGGCCUGCUCAAGCCCACCCUGGCUCCCGAGGCGCGGAGGGGCGGCGGCGGCGGCGGCAAUACCAAGGCGGCGCUCGAGAACGAGGCGCGGCGGCGCAUCGAGCGCGCGGCCUACCUCAACUUUGCGCCGGCGCAGUACAAGUGUGGCUGGACCUACGAGUACGCCCAGCUGGACUGCGCCUUUGACCCGCUGCUGAGCGUGCAGUACUACAGCCUGGCGAGCCAGGGCGGCGAGGUCGAGGCCGACAUGGCGCUGUCCAAGUGGUUCCUGUGCGGCGCCGAGGGCUGCUUUGACAAGAACGAGGGCCUGGCCUUCACCUUUGCCGACAAGGCGGCGCGCAAAGGGCUGGCGAGCGCCGAGUUUGCGCUGGGCUACUAUUUCGAGGUCGGCGUGGGCACCGAGCGCAACCUCGAGACGGCCAAGCGGUGGUACCGCAAGGCGGCGGCGCAGGACAACGACGACGCCAAGCAGCGGCUCGAGGCGCUGCAGGCCGGCGGCGGCGUCGACCACUCGCUGUCGAGGGGCGACCACGAGGUCAAUGUCGACGAAAAGGUGCAGCGGAAGCGCACGCUGGCCAAGAUCCGGAGCGAAAAGGAGGGACGCGGGUCCAACCAGCCGCCGCAGCAGCAAACGCAGCAGCAGCAGCAGUCGCGGCAGCAGUCACAGCAGCAGGGGCAGUACCCUGGAGGCGGCGGAGGCAGGAUGCAGGCCGGGGCCAUGGAGCUCAACCGCAAAAAGACGAUGCGGAUGGUGCAGGACAGUGUCGCUGCGCACCAGCACCAUGUCGACUACAGCAGCGGCGGGGUGGGAAGGAGAUAUGGAGGAGGAGGAGGCGGAGGAGGGAGGAGAGCGACGAAUGGAUCCGACAUCCCGCCUGUCUCGCCGGUCUCGUCGGACCAGUACGGCCUGCCGCCCUCGAUGUCAACGACGACGACUGCAGCACCGGCAGCGACGACGAGCAGUCAAGUGCGCCCUCCUCCGGCAACAUCGGCACCCUCCUCGUCAUCAUCCUCCUCCUCCUCGUCGGCGGCGGCGGCGGCGGCGAUGGGGAGACACGGACAGGGAUACAGCCUCUCGGAUACGUCGACUCCUCACCACUCUUCCGCUCCUGCUGGCACUGGUGCUGGUUCCACCUCUUCUGCCUCGAACAACUCCUCAAAGCCACCGCAACAGCAGCAGCAGCAGGGAGGAGGAGGAGGAGGAGGGGCCCAGGCCAAGGUCUAUUCGACUUUCGAGGAAAUGGGCUUCAAGCCCCAAAAGGCCAAACGCGAGGAAUGCGUCAUUGCCUAG